UCUAUGACGUCACGCGUCCGAACGUCCCCGUGCCGCCUAGUGUGUUGGUGCUUGGGUCGUCAUGGCGGCGCGCAGGAGCCGGGCGCUGUGGCAGCUGAGCGGCCGGGGCUGGAGUCGGGCCCUGCUGUCUCUGCGGCCGCCUUGGGGCUGGGCCCGGCCGAUGUCCACCGAGAAGCCAGGGGCGCACACGCAUUUUGGGUUUGAAACGGUGUCGGAGGAAGAGAAGGGGGGCAAAGUUUACCAGGUGUUUGAAAGUGUGGCCGAAAAGUACGACGUGAUGAACGACUCAAUGAGUCUGGGGCUUCACCGGGUUUGGAAGGAUUUGUUGCUACAGAAGAUGCACCCUUUUUCUGGGACCAAGCUCCUUGAUGUGGCUGGAGGCACAGGAGACAUUGCCUUCCGAUUCCUUAAUUACAUCAAAGCUCAGAACCAGAGGCAGCAGCAGAGGGAGCUGAAAUCCCACCAAAAUUUAUCCUGGGAAGAGAUUGGCAAGUGGUACCAGAACAGCCGGAGUCCCUUAGGGGAAUCCCAUGUGGUCAUCUGUGACAUUAACAAGGAAAUGCUCAAGGUUGGAAAGAAGAAGGCACAGACAUUAGGCCACAAAAGAGGCCUGGCUUGGGUGGUGGGCGAUGCCGAGGAGCUGCCCUUUGAUGAUGACAAGUUCGAUGUUUACACCAUUGCUUUUGGGAUCCGAAAUGUCACACACAUCGACAGGGCACUUCAAGAGGCCUAUCGGGUCCUGAAACCAGGAGGCCGGUUUCUGUGUCUGGAGUUUAGCCAAGUGAGCAACCCCAUCAUCUCCAGGCUCUAUGACCUGUAUAGCUUCCAGGUCAUUCCAGUCAUGGGAGAAGUCAUUGCAGGGGACUGGAAGUCGUACCAGUACCUUGUGGAGAGCAUCCGACGUUUCCCCCCACAAGAAGAAUUCAAGGAGAUGAUCGAAGAUGCUGGCUUUCAGAAGGUGACCUAUGAGAGCCUCACAUCAGGCAUCGUGGCAAUACACUCAGGCUUCAAGCUGUGACUCCAGCACAGCACACUUCUUCCUGUGGCAGUCCCGUAGAAAAGACUAGGGUGUGCGCUGCUCCUUCAGAGCUCCAGCCUCAGGCGCAGGGGGCUGAAGUGAUCCCCGGCCUGCUGGGGAAGAAGGCACGGUAUUUCUCUGACAAUCAGCUGGUGCUAUCUGGGACCUUUUCCCAGGGUGGCAUUUGGUUAAUUUGCCAUAGAACGCCUUCUGUUCGUUUUUCUUGGAUGUGCGGUGGGGGGGAGGGGGGAAUGAGCCCAGAAAUUCAGACUGAAACAGGUUUUGUGGCCUCUGCCUCCCCACCACGUCAUACCAAAAGGGAAAUAAGUAGACCUUCAUGCCUCAUGGGUGAAUGGAAAGGUGGAACCUCCUCCCAAGGACACGCCUAGGUCCUCCUUAAGUCCUAGGCCUGUGUAAUCUGCCCAAGUCAAAGGGUGAGCUGACUGUGCCUGGGCUGCGAUGUGAGGUCUGAGCCUGGAUGGCAGAUUAAAGAGUUGACUUGUGUCUGACUUCUCUGCUGUCCUUUACACUUUUCACAGGUGCCAGGAGGGCUUAGGUCUUUCCCAGGUGAAGAUACCUAACUCCAUACUGGUAAUCAAGAUUAAUAAUGGCCUGGAAAAUAUGACAGCUCAUCUUGCCAUCAGGGCUACCUUCUUUAAAGAAGUUAGACUGAAUUCUGGAUACUUCUGGCAAGGCAACACGGAGUUGUAGGAAGAGCCCAGAAUUCGCAUUCCAGCUCUGUGACUCGUUGUCAGUGUUACACCUUGGCCAAGUCAUUUCUAUACUCCCUGGGCCAGUUUCCUCCCCUGUAAAAUGUCGAGAGUAGGCCAGACACCCUCAGAAUCUCUAACCUGACCCCCUGUCCUGUCUUUCAUCAGAUUGAAAGCUUUCAACAGGCGGCUCCCAGUGCCGUGAAGAGCACUUUGCAUUUUGAGUUCCUAGUUUGAGGUUCUUUGACUAAGAAAGUUAGAGAAAGUCACCUGGGUAUGACCUGUUUAGCAGCUUCCUUGUGGUGAAUAAUAGUGUAAUCAUGCUUGAAAGUGCAUAGAGAUGUGCUGCACCCUAGCCAGGACCUACCCCACUGUUGCUGGUCCCAUCCUUACACCCAACACCAAAUUCCAGCCCGUGAUAAUCAUUUCAAAACCAGAGCUUGUCAUACCUGUAUCAUGGAACGCCAGCGAAGGAAGAUGUCAAGAUUCCUUUCCAACAUGUUGACCACAGAACAGCAAUUAAAUCUCGAUCAGAUAUUAA